AUGAUGUUUAGGAUAUUGCUCAACAUUUUCGUCAUCUCUCAGAUAAUAUUUUUGUUGCUAUCACCCACUUUAAAAGAGUUCUGGUUGUUUUCCUUUUAUUACCAGCGAAUUUUCGUACCAUUUUUGAAAGAUGAUCGCAAAUAUAAGUGGAAGUACCACCUCGUACCAAUUUUCUACGUCACAUUAUAUACGUAUAUGGUAUUGCUAUAUUUUACAAAGUUAAAUCCCAUCAUCAAAAGUCAACUUACUAUACUAGAAAGAUGGGUGAUAAUUCCAUUUAGCCUCUUGAUUUCUCUAUUGUCAGGUAUUCUCACAAUGAGAAUCCGACCAGAAUCAUCAUUGGGCUUUAACUCGAGUCCAUACCAAGAUUUUGAAUUUGACAGUUUGAUCUUUUAUCCCAACACGUUCUGUAGUACAUGCCGUUUAGAAAAGCCCGCCAGAUCGAAACAUUGCAACAUUUGUAAUAGAUGUGUUCUUCUUUCGGAUCAUCAUUGUAUAUGGGCAAAUAAUUGUAUUGGAUUAGGAAACUAUCAAUAUUUUUAUACCUUCCUUGUUUCAAACACAUUGUUAUUAGGAUACGCAUUUUUAAGAAUUAUUUUACUGACAGCAUAUUCUGAUAUUGGUUUUCCAAAUAUCGUUCUAACAUUUUUAAUUUUGAGUGGUGCUUUCUUUGCUAUUUUGCUAGUCUUCACUUACUUACAAUUUGCUUUAGUAUACGAUGGAAUGACAACAAACGAAAAGGAUAAGUGGUUCACAAUACAAGAAUUUAUGAGGGAAGGUAGAUUGAUAAGAACUGAUAAUGGACAAUGGUUAAUUGCUCACCCUGAAGAGCCUGCUGGCCAGGCAACAAGAUUUUAUAGCACAAAUGCAUACGAUCAUACCAUCUAUUGCCCAGUUAAUUUCAGACCGAUUACCCAUCAUGAUGAAAUUCCAAAUAUAUAUGACAAAGGUUCUUUCUUAAAAAAUUUGAAGGAAUUAUGUAAAUAUUAA